CGGCGGCGGCGGCGGUGGCGGCUGUCGCAGUGCGCGGCCGGAGCCAGCGGAGCCGCCGGCCCCAACGGGCCGGGCCGGGCCGGGCCGGGCGGCGCCAUGAAGGGGAAGGAGGAGCGGGAGGGAGGCGCGGCGGGGGCCGGGGCGGCGGGAGCGGGCGCGGGGGGAGCGGGGGGCGGCAGCCCCGAGAAGAGCCACAGCGCGCAGGAGCACAAGGAGCAGGGAAACCGGCUCUUCGGCGGCCGCAAGUACCCCGAGGCCGCCGCCUGCUACGGCCGCGCCAUCAACCGCAACCCCUUGGUGGCCGUCUACUACACCAACCGAGCCCUCUGCUACCUGAAGAUGCAGCAGCACGACAAGGCGCUGGCGGACUGCAAGCGCGCCCUGGAGCUGGAUGGCCAGUCAGUGAAGGCUCAUUUCUUCCUGGGCCAGUGCCAGAUGGAGAUGGAGAAUUACGACGAGGCCAUCGCCAACCUGCAGAGAGCCUACAACCUUGCCAAGGAGCAGCGGCUGAAUUUUGGGGACGAUAUCCCCAGCGCACUGCGCAUCGCCAAGAAGAAACGCUGGAACAGCAUCGAGGAGAAGCGCAUCAACCAGGAGAACGAGCUGCACUCCUACCUGACCAAGCUGAUCAUGGCAGAGAAGGAGAGGGAGCUGGCCGAGUGCCGAAAGACUCAGCAGGAAGAAAACACGGACGAGAGCCGGAGCCGAGUUCAGCUGGCCAGCAUCGAGGCAAAACACGACAAGUACCUGGCGGACAUGGACGAGCUCUUCUCUCAAGUGGAUGAGAAGAGGAAGAAGCGGGACAUCCCUGACUACCUGUGCGGGAAGAUCAGUUUCGAGCUGAUGAGGGAGCCCUGCAUCACACCCAGCGGCAUCACCUACGACAGGAAGGACAUCGAGGAACAUCUCCAGCGCGUGGGUCAUUUCGAUCCGGUGACGCGGAGUCCCCUGACCCAGGACCAGCUCAUCCCCAACCUCGCCAUGAAGGAGGUGAUAGACGCGUUCAUCUCGGAGAACGGCUGGGUGGAGGAUUACUGAAGGGCCAAGGGGACAAUGCUGGGCCCGCCCAGGCCACCCCCACCCCCCCCAUCCCCAGCUCCACUGGCCACGGAUGGCUCUCGCUGGGCUGGCGCCAUGCCUUACUCGCUCUCUGGCUGUUCCACCUCCGCUCCGGGUGCUCGGCGGCAGCGCUGGGCGAGGGCGCGUCACCAUCUCCCCUUCCCGAGGAACCGCAGCGGCCGGGUGGGCACGAAGCCACCCCGGGCUCCCCUCUCCACCAGCUCCUCACAGACCACGGCACUUGGAGGAAGACCUGCCCGGCCCUUUGGAGAAGGCUGGCUCCUCGCAGGGGCCUCAAAGGUCACCCCAACGUCUUCAUCGCCCAGAGAACGGGGUGCCCCCUCGGCUACAGCGGCUGAUAAUCCCCAAAGAUCCCAUCCUGCUCCGGGGAGGUGAGCUCGCCCGGAUGAGUGCCUGGCGCUGGUUUGGCCCAGUCCCCUCCCCAUGUACAUAGUUGUGUCCUUGUCCUUCCACUGCCUGCCUGGCUGGGGUCGGGUCCUCCUCGCUCCUGUAAAUAGCCACUCGCCAGAGUGGGAGACCGAUGUUCCCACUGCAGAUGCCGAUCCACCCUCCGGCUUUUCCUUGGAAACUGCUGCCCCCGGGGGCUGGAAGGGGCUGGCUUGCGCGUCCCCUCGCCCACUGGGACCGUGGUUCCCUGCAAACAACCGCCCAGGUUAAAGUUCUUGUUCCUUUUAAUGAAUUCCCUUUAAAAAAGAAAAAAAACAACCGACGGCUCCACGGCCGACCGCGACUCCAGCGUUUUGGUCGGCCAUCAGCCUGCCUGGCUUUUG